AUGUCAGACUAUUUACCCCGAGAACUAAUAAUCGAAAUUCUCACGAAAUUACCUGCAAAAUCGUUACUCCGUUUCACUGCAGUCUGUAAAUUGUGGCACUCGAUCAUCACCAGUUCCGAAUUCAUCUUCUCACAACUUUCAAUCAGCGCAAGUAAAGAAGGCAACACGCUCUACUUACGGCGAUACACGAAAGAUGAUAGAGCAGAGCACUACACACUGCUUAAGGAUGGGGAGAAUCAAACCUUUGGGCUCGACGAACUAUAUUUUCCCUUCAAAUCCCAAUUCGGCUAUUUCCGAAUAGUAGGCGGCUCAAACGGCUUAGUAUGCUUAUCUGAUGAUUUCUUUACCAAUCCUUUGCAUCCCAUUAUUUUAUGGAACCCUUGUAUUCGAAAGCAUAUAGUGUUACCAGCUCCCACCGUUAAACCGGAAAAGGCCCACUUCUUCGUUCUUGGAUGUGGAGCUACCCUUCACGAUUUCAAGGUUGUGAGAAUGGUGUAUUCUAAAACUGAUGAUUUUACCUUGAACCUUCCUGCAAUGGUUGAGAUUUACUCACUAAAAUCGGGCACAUGGCGAAGGGUGCACUUUGAUGAUCGAUACAUAAUCAUGGAAUUUAUGUGGUCCCAAACUUUUAUAAAAGGUAAUGUGCAUUGGCUCGCCUUCUAUGAGGACCUCACCCAGAAUAAGGGUUUCUGUAAUUUCAUUUUGACAUUUCAAAUGGAAGAUGAGGUUUUUGGGGAGUUAAUGUUCCCGGAUCAUUUGGCACAAGUGGCUAUAACAGAUUUAUCUAUUGUAGUAAUAGGAGAAUCACUUGGCAUGGUUAAGUAUGAUAAGCAGAUGGGCAGUGAGUCUUGCUGCGUUUGGGUGAUGAAAGAGUAUGGAGUUAUCAAGUCUUGGACUAAGUUGUACAAUAUUGACAUGGUAGGAGGAAUUGAAAAAGUAAUCCGAUUUAGAAAGAACGGUGACGUAUUAAUGGUCUCACAAGAGCAUGGACCAGGAGUUGCUCACAACUAG